AACAAUCUUCGUGAAACAUCUGUGUUAGAUGCUUUUAAAAUCCUUCCAUUUCUAGCCCUGAACCAGUUUGGUGUGGAUUACAUAACCAUGUAAAAACAACCGUCCCAUACGGUUCCUUUUAAUAAUAGCGAAUACAAAACAUUAUUGGUAAAUUAUUGCAAAAAUCGUUUCUUCGCAAACAAUGACGAAAAAAUACAUUGCUUUUGAUAUCCAGUAUGUUUUAGUGCGGUCUUUGUGUCACCAUUGCCUAAAAAGGAGGGCAAAUUUUACGCGCUGCAGUAGGAACCUUUAGAAUGGUAAAUGUGUUAUCGGCGGAGCCCUUUGUGUGGUGCACAGAUAUGGGAUAUUCACACACGCAUAACUAAAUUCUGAGAAUAUAUUGGAAAAUCCAACGCUUCGAGCAGAAGUAGGAAAGAACAGACAACUAGUGCAUUUUGUGUUUUCAGACGAUUAAAACCUCAGUUAUGACAGAGGAAUCAACUGGAACAGAAACAACCAGAAUACUGGAAAAUGAGAAAAACACAGAUGGCCAGAGUGGCGAGGACCCCAAAACAACAGCCCAAAAUGCUGACACUCCUACCAAUCCUAAAAAACACAAGAAGAAGAAAAAGAAAACGGGUGACGGAAAAGAUAAUCAACAGAAAGGGGUAAAAAGCAAUGAGGAAACACCCAAACAAGAGACCACGGAAUUGACUCCUGAUGAGCAGCUGAGUCGGGAGUUGGAUUGGUGCAUCGAACAGCUCAAGCUUGGCCUGAGAACUCAGAAAACCUCCAGCAAACAACGGGAAGAAACGAGCCGUGCUCUGAAGACGUUACGCAGCUCCAAAGCUCCCUUGGUGAAGAAGAGGCAGGUAAUGCGAGCGAUCUCUGGAGACUACAGGAAGAAGAUAGAAGAAGAAAGAAGCAGACAGUUCAAACUCAUACAGUCAGCAAUGACCUCCGCCCGGGUCACCAGUGUCUCUGAGUGCAAACCAGUGUUUCACCGGCGAGCUGAGAGAAACACACACCCCACAAACAAAACAGACAAAUCUCAAGAGACACACACACUGCAAGGGCCCCAGGAGACAAAUGAACACACAAAGACUGAUGGAGAUACAAAACCUUUUGUUUUCACUAAAACACAUGAAGAGUUUUGUUUUAACUUCAACUUAUGAUUUAACACUGUAACAUCAACCAACAGGAUUUGUGCCUUAAAGGGUUACUCCACCCUAAAAUGAAAAUUUUGUCAUUAAUCACUUACCCCAUGUCGUUCCAAACCCGUAAAAGCUUCAUUCGUCAUCGGAACACAAUUUAAGAUAUUUUGGAUGAAAACCGGGAGGCUUGUGACUGUCCCAUUGACUGCCAAGUAAAUACCACAGUCAAGGCCCAGAAAAGUAUGAAAUACAUAGUCAAAAUAGUCCAUCUGCCAUCAGUGGUUCAAUCUGAAUUUUAUGAAGUGACAAGAACACUUUUUGUACGCAAAGAAAACAAAAAUAACGACUUUAUUCAACAAUUCGUCUCCUCCACUUCACCGUAGCGCCAUUUUGGAGAAUGCGCUGUUUUCGUUCAAAUCAAAGCGUAAACAAACGUAGAAAACGUAUUCAUGUGGUGCGGUGACAGUGUUGUUUACUUGGCAGUCAGUGGGACAGUCACAAGCUUCCUGGUUUUCAUCUAAAAUGUCUUAAUUUGUGUUCCGAAAAUGAACAAAGCUUUUAUGGGUUUGAAACGACAUGGGGGUAAGUGAUUAAUGACAAAAUUUUCAUUUUGGGGUGGAGUAUCCCUUUAAGUAUGCAUAGUAAGAUAUGUACUUCUAUUGCAUAAUUUUGCGAUAUGUUCUCUAUGCAUUUUAUUA